AUGGUUAAACCAAUUAUUGCUCCAUCAAUUCUUGCAUCUGAUUUCGCCCAUUUGGGUUGCAAUUGUCAUAAAAUGUAUGAUUCCGGUGCUGACUGGUUGCACAUUGACGUUAUGGAUGGACAUUUUGUUCCAAACAUUUCAUUGGGACCUCCAAUUAUCACUAGUUUGAGAAAAGAGAUUCCUCGUGAAGAAGGUAAACCAACUUUUUUCGAUUGUCAUAUGAUGGUUUCUGAGCCAGAAAAAUGGGUACCAGAAAUUGCUAAAGCCGGAGGAGAUCAAUAUACUUUCCAUUACGAAUCUACUAAAGAUCCAGUAGCUUUAGUUAAAUUAAUCAAGGAUCAUGGUUUAAAAGCUGCAUGUGCCAUUAAACCAGGUACAGAUGUUGGUGUUUUAUAUCCAUUGGCUGAAAGUUUAGAUAUGGCUUUAGUUAUGACUGUCGAACCAGGUUUCGGUGGACAAAAAUUUAUGAAGGAUAUGAUGCCUAAAGUCGAGGAUUUAAGAUCAAAAUACCCUCAGUUGAAUAUUCAAGUUGAUGGUGGUUUAGGUGAGGCUACAAUUGAUGAUGCUGCAAAUGCCGGGGCUAACGUUAUUGUUGCUGGUACUUCUUGUUUCACUGCUCCUGAUCCAUCCAAACUUAUUAGUUUAUUAAGGUCUAAAGUUGAAGAUAGUUUGGCUUCAAAAGGUGUCUUGGAUAAAUAA